UGCUUUCUGAACAUAUGGUUACCCUCGUUAAAAAUAUCGAUAAAAUAAAAUUCUUUCAUCGAAACAUUAACACUUCUAUUAUUUUUGGUUUACCUUCCUCGUGUUGUUUAACGUCUCAGUAAAGAAAUCAAAAUAAAAAAUGGGCGCGUUAGCAGAAGUUGCUGGUGAUGAAAAUAGCGGCGAAGGCUCACGCACAUUUGUGUUCCAAAACGAGGGACAUACUUUAGGCAAUGCUCUAAAAACUAUCAUAAGCAGAUAUCCGGAUGUUGAUUUUUGCGGUUACACUAUUCCUCAUCCAACUGAAAGCAAAAUGCAUUUUCGGAUACAAUCUAAUCAAAACAGAGCUAUUGACAUUUUAAAACGAGGCUUAGAUGAUUUAGAAUCCCUUUGUGAUCAUACUAUCAGCACGUUCGAGUCAGAAGUUAAAACGUAUAUUGAAACAAAUAAUAAACCUGUGCCGACACUCGAUAAUCGAUUAUAUUAACUGGAACAAUGGAACUAUUUACAACAAGUCUGCACGCUUAAAAUUUAUUUUAUGUUCUAUCCAAUAUAGAUGGAAAGAAAAGUACAUGUGUAAAUGGCUGUCUGAAUCUCUUCAUUUAUUUUGUACUUCUUCUUUAAUUCAGAAUUAAUUAUAAAUCACAGGAAAUAGCGGACUGAUUUAUAUCAACUAGUAUUAAAAUCGGUGAAGAUCAGUGAAGGCCUUUUUCAUUUUUUGUAAUACCUUUUGAAUAUGGUGAAGCCUUCAUUUUCAGUGCGAUUAAUAGUACUGAUAGCAAAGGAAAGUAUUUCUCGAAAUUAACCACAGUUUAUCUCGCCAAGGGCUGUUAUUUCGGCGAGCUAACAAUAUUUGGAACGAUAAAAUAUACGUUUUUUCUAAUCAUUUCAAUAUUUUUGCGAAUAUAUAUUAUAAUUUACCUAACCAGAAAAGGGUUCAAUGUCGCAUGAGCAUUUGGUAAUAAUUUUGAUUGAUAUAAUUUUGAAAUCCUUUUGUCACAGAAAUAUUUAAAUUCUUUUUACAGUGUACUAAUCUUAUUCCCCCCAUCUAUAACAAAAAAAUCUAAUUUACACAUAGCUUAAGCUUUAAAAAGAGAUUCGACAUUUGCCUUCUACACUAUAUUAAAAUCUAUUAGAUCUAACUGGUAUCUUACUUCUAUUAAAUUUUACUAAAAUCUCAAAAUUUGUAGUAUUGCCUGAAUUAGAUCUAAAUAAACAUUUGGAAUUAAUAAAAUGAUGAAAGCAAAAAUGUAUAUAUACCGUUGUUAUAUGUUAAGAAUUAUUAUCAUGAGCACAUGUGCCAAUUAGGUCUGCAAGUGAGGUAACUCUAAUUUGAAAAAAUACAACGCUGAAUAUUUCCGUAUUAAUGGCGCUGCUUGAAUGUUUCGGUUCUAUUCCUCUUUCAGUUUUUGUUUAGUAGCUGUUGCAGUUAAAUCUAUGAUUACAACGUAGUUUGUUCGCGCGUGGGCACUGUUUUAAAGUAAUAUUUGUAAAUUAAAUUUAAGGAAAAGUGUAGAAUUUAUAAAUUCAAACAAUGCAUUUUACAAAUUGAGACUUUUUUACAUCGAACUAAGAGAAAUAAACGACAAAACUUUGAUAUAAAAAAAGCAAAUACAAAGUGCUGAGUAUAAAGUUUUUGUUCUAGCAUUCGUCUUUGCGUCAUUCAGCCAUAGUAGACGAGAGAAUUCGCUAAAAAGCGACGCGAGUAAAAAUCGCCCUGCCUUGUGUGCUACUUCGUCUGUUCCAACUCAAACAACUGCAAAACAACGGAUCGUAGGCAUUGAUUACUGGCGCAACACACGUUUAAAAACUUUGCAUUUCUAAUUGUAGCCUAAGGUGGCUGCCCUAUAGUAGUAUUCCCUAGAAGUCAUAUAUAUAUUGACAUGGUCAUAGCGAAGUUCUCAGGUUUGUCAAAUUUUAUAUCAUUACUGUUCCUAAUAAAUUUAUACAAUUAUCCAUAAAAGUGUAUAGUUUUAACAUGUGAAAAAUGUACCAAACUAAGGCGGAAGUGAAUUACUGUGUGUGAUAUACAUAUAUACAUACAUAUGCUUUGGGAGGUGAAGAUAAGUUUUUGUUUUCAUUACUUUGUUAGUAAAAAAUCGUGUAUCUAUAAUACUUGCACAAAUACACAUACACGCAGAAAUUCUGUUUAAUACAAAAUAAAAACUGUUGAAACAAACCUAAACUUCGGUUAGCUCGUGUUUAUCAAAUAAUGAAAGAAUAUUAAUAACCCAGGAAGUUACUAAAUUUUAGUGCUUAAAGCUAGUUUGUUUAAGUAGCUAUAUAUAUAUAUAUAUAUAUAUAUAUAUACAUAUAUAUUUGAUUUCGCAUUCUAAACUAUACCGACGCUGUUUGCGGCAUUAUCAAUGCACCCCGGUUUCUGCUGUAAUACUAGUGUUUAUUAUAUUAUAACAAUUGUGCGUGUGUACAUAUUCGCGUAAUAGCAUAGAUGGCCCCUGCUACAGACAAAACAUAUAUAUAUAUAUGUAAAUACAUAUACAUAAAUAUAUGCAUUUAUAUGUAUAUAUUAAAAAAAAAACAGCAGCUAGACAGCAACGAAAACGCGCCAUAGAAAUGCUUUUUCUCGUUCUUGGAGAGAGAGAAGCAUAGAGAUUGUGGAUGAAUGAGCGGGUGGACGGACGGCAAACAAGAAUACGCGUUUUCUUGUAUAUGAGAUGUGGAUGGUGACUAAUUCGCGUCGUCGUGCGUUCCAUUGCCAAUUCGUUUCCCCUUUGUGCAAUGGAGUUCACAUCAGAACCAACAGCUUUGCCCUGCAGAAACUGCACUGUCUGAUGGCUUCAGUUCCACUUCCUCCUACAUUCUCAUUAAUUUUUUUGUUGUUUUUGGUCCCUUGCAUGAUUUCUGCCCUUUUUGUUUUGUUUGUUUACAGAGUUACCAUUUUGUGAUUUGCUGUUUACACGAAGUUUGGAAAUUAUUUGAAAAUAAUUCUAGAUUGCGCGAAUAUUUCAAAGCGAAUCAUUUUUUGGAACUACAUUCCGAAACAAAUAGAUAUAAUUAAAAUUUUUAUAUCCAAUAAUAUUUUAAUAUCGAAAUUAAGAUUGCAAAAUAAAUUUUAAAUUUCUUAUAUAUUUUGAAAAUUAGCUGCAAAAAAUUGUGCAUUCCCAUGGCAUCCCUGUAUAUGAUGAGUUUUAUUUAGACAAUGCAACAUCGUGAAUUAGUGUGUGUAUGUGUAGUUGCGUUAUUGUCGGUUGAAAGCGUAGGUAACUGCGGGACAUAUGUAUGCCCGUAACAUCGGUGGGCUUUUACGUUUAAAGGAGCAGCAAAUGGCGGUUCUCUUCUGCCAUGCCCUAUACUCCCUUUUUGAAGAGCAAUACAAAACAACGUUUUUGUUUAGUCCGACAACCUUUGCUGCUUCCCCCUUUUUCCUGUUUUCGUUAAAUUGUCACCCUUCCGCUCAAUGUUGCUUUUGAUUGUUUGUAUACAGUCGGUAUAAUCCAUGUGAGUGUGUGUUAUGCGUAUCCACGAUAUGGUUUGUCCAACUUUUGGUAAAGAAAGAACAAGGUAAAUAUGUACAUACCUAAGUGCAUAUCGAAUCAUAUGUAUAUUAAAAGUAAGUUUAUAAUAUUAUAUUUUCACUACAUAUUAUUGUGAUACAAACACACAUAUAGCGUUAUAAUUUUUUCCUUAAUUAUGUAGUUUUCGAGAGAAUACUAACAGAUAAGUGUCCGUUCUGUUCAUGUAUACCCGUUAAUAUUCGAAGUGAUUUUUGACAUAUCCAUAUACACAAAUCUGCAGGGUUUGAAUUUUAAACGUAUAUAUUGUAUGUACAUUUGUAUGUACAAUAUGUGGACCUCAUAUUCGAAAAUCCAAGUGUGUCUGUGCUGAUCAAACUUUCUGCUUCCAUGGUCUUUAUCAUUUGGUGAAAUCUCAUAUGUAAAUUGACUGAAUUUAGUACAUGACAUUCUUCUCAUAUUCCCAUAUCACAGUGCGAAAAUGGUCGAACUCGGACUACAACCACGCCUAUUUCUCAUAUAACAUAAAUUUAAAUUUCGUUUCAUUCAUUCACUAUGACCAAAAAUCGCCCAAAUCAAUCCAAAACUGUUCAAGCUCAAUAAGUACCGAAAAAGUGGACCUCAGUAUUUAUAGUUGACUUUUUACCGUAAAUGUUGGUCAAUGUGUGGAAUACACAAUAUUCAUAUUCAGAGAGAAUCCAGUCCUGACAAUAGUGUCUUAGUAUAUCAAAAAUGGGUUGAAUGAAGUCAAUACCUCCCUGAGCCCCCACAAACAUAAUAUAAAGAUUUUCGAACUUUUGUGACUUUUUUAUACUACCUCUACUCCCAUAUACUACGUAUAAUGAUGCCUUAUGUCGAAUAUGUCGGUAAGUGUAUGAGUUAUAUAGUAUAUGUAUAUAUAAAAUUCCUUGGAUUCCGAUCCUCUGGUUGACGUUUUACACCUUAAGCUAUUUCUCUGGCUUUGAUUACUGCAAGUUGCAAGAGUAUAAAAUGUUCGGUUGCACCCGAACUCAGGCUUUGCUUAUUAUUUUUUUUUUUAUCUUAAGUUCUUCUUUACUGGCGUAUACACCGCUUUCGUGAUUAUAGCCGAGUUAACAGCGCGCCAGUCCUUUCUUCUUUUCGCUACGUGGCGCCAAUUGGAUAUUCCAAGGUCCUUCCAACGGAGUGGAGGUCUUUCUCUGCUUUCCCCGGCGGGACCUGCGUCGAAUACUUUCAGAGCUGGAUUGUUUUCGUCGAUUCGGACAACAUGACCUAGCCAGUGUAGCCGCUGUCUUUUAAUUCGCUGAACUAUGUCAAUGUUGUCAUAUAUCUCAUACAGCCCAUCGUUCCAUCAAAUGCGAUAUUCGCCGUGUCCAACGCGCAAAGGACCAUAAAUCCUUCGCAGAACUUUUCUUGCGAAAACUCGCAACAUUGACUCAUCGUCGUCCAAGUCUCUACACCAUAUAGCAGGAUGCGAAUUCGUCGUCCGAUAACUCUCUUUCCCCAGUAGUGAAGACACUUCAGGCCUUGUUACUCCGGACCUUCACUCACCACUUGAGCCUAGCCAGCCACCAGCAUGGAUUCCGAAAAGUGCACAGCA